AUGGCUUACAGGAACGAUAAGAAAAAUGACGAGUAUCGUUCUUUAAAUGGAGAAGGAAAUAACAGAAAUGAUCCUUUAGCUGGUGUUAUGAAAACUCCCUUCGCGAGAAAUGUUCCAUCAAUGUCUAACUUCGCGGAUGAAAAUUUUAGUAUGAUUCCCACACCAGGAAAUUAUACUACCAAUGUCCCAAAUGCAUUCCUUGCUUGUAAUGCUACAUUACCCGACGGCAUAUUUCCUUUGCCUAGAUGUGUUAGUAAUAAAUUAAUGUCUAUGCAAAUGAAUGAAGAUGAUAUAUUCGAUCUAACACAUUUGGAGAAGUUCAAAAGUAAACGGGAUAUUUCUCAUGUCUUAACAUUUUGGGGAUUUUUCAUGAUAAUGGACGUCAGUGCUGGAUCAAAAUUGGGGGAAAAUUAUCCAACAGGGAUUUAUAUUCCUCAGGGCGAUAUAUCGUAUUUAUCUAGCUAUAGGAACGGUCCAAAACCAGCAAACUUUACUUUUGCUAAUGAAUCGUUACCGUUUAAUCGAUCAGAACAAAGAGGUGGACAAACAGGAAUAAAUAAAGUCACUUCAUUUGUUGACGCGUCUACAAUUUAUGGUAACAAUGCUGAUGAUUUGCAACGAAUUAGAGAUUAUGGUAAUAACGGGAAAAUGCGGUUGGAAAUAGAUAAUUCAACGCCCGAUGGGGAGUUAGGAUAUCCAUAUGUUGAUGAGAAUGGAGGAUACAUAUUGGGAUAUCAUGUAAAAUUUAGAAACGUUUUUACAGAUUUGUUUCACGUAAUUCUCCUACGUGAACAUAAUCGAUUGUGUGAUGAAUUUUUUGCCAUUCAUGGGAAUGGUUGGGACGAUGAACAAUAUUUUCAGGAAGCUAGAAGAUGGGUUAUCGCUUUUAUUCAAAGAAUAAAUUAUUAUGAAUAUCUCGGAACUGCAUUGGGAAUUCCUUUGCCAAAAUAUGAGGGAUAUAAACCAGAUCUUAAACCGGAGAUUGAUACUUUCUUUGCUACCGUAACUUUUCGUUAUGGUCAUUCCGAAGUUAGCAAUUUUUAUGAUAUUGUAAAUUAUCAAGGAAAGCCGCUUGCAACGUUGCCAUUGAAUGAUUUACAAGUGCCUGGAUUAUUAAAAACCUUUGGAAUUCCAUCAAUUGCUCUCUCUAUGGCACUUCAAAGACAAGAAGAAGUCGAUAUCUACUACUCUGAUUUUAUGCGAAGUGUUACUUACAGGGCAGUAGAACAAAUGGAUGUUGCCAGUUGUGAUAUUGUACGAAGUAGAGAUCACGGUAUUCCAUUAUACAAUGAUGCAAGAGUAGCAUUUGGUUUACCAAAAAAAACAUCUUGGGCAGAUAUUUCGAGCGAUCCUGAUGUGCAAAAAAGAUUGGAAGAUACCUAUGGAUCCGUAGAUCGAAUUGAAGCAUUAAUGGGUGGAUUGGCAGAAGAUCAUAUUAAUGGAGGAAAUUUGGGAGAAUUGUUUUAUAAAAGCUUUUCAGAACAGUGGAUUAAAAUUAGAGAUUCAGACAGAUUUUGGUUUGAAAAUAAAGAUGCGGGUUUCAGUAAAGAAGAUAUAGCAAAAAUUCAAAAUACAACCUUAUUAACUAUUUUAAUGAGGAAUUCCCCAAAAAUAUCAUUAUAUCCGCAAAAUCUAUGGUCUGUGCAACCAACAAGUUCAUUAAUGAUGCCUGAAGAUAGUAAAACUUAUAAUGAUACCAUAACACUUUCUGAUGGAUUUAUUCUUAAAUGGAAAAUAGAUGGUUCUGACAUUACUUUCUUGAUUACAUUGGGUAGUACAAAUUCAUGGUUUGGAAUAGGAUUUAAUCCUGAGGGUGAUGCUAUGUCAGGAACCGACAUGAUGAUAUUUCAAAAUCAAGAAAAAAAAGGUUCUAAUGAAAUUACCGUCACUGGAAAGAAUUACAAAGGCAUUGGAAUUGGGAUUAAACCUCAGGAAUUACCUAACGAUCAAAUUAUAACAAUAUUGGGUGAAACAAAAGUUGCGAAUGGAAUGACUCAAGUUGAAGUUAAGCGACCUUUAAAUGCUAAUAAUCGAAAAUCUAUCGAUGGUACUAUUCAAAUGGUUUAUGCUUGGAAUCCUAAUUCGAAUGAAAUAACUUAUCAUGGUGGAAAUCGUGGUAAGAGAGAAGUAAAUUUCCGGAGCGGUAUGAGCUCAGCUCUAGACGGUUCAGUAUGGAUAGUCAGAUAUUUAAGGCAUAUCGAUAGCUAUAUGGUUCAGCAUCAAAAUUUAAAUUUAUUUGGAGGAUUAAUUAUAGGAAUGUUUGCCACUGUAGCCAUGUCAGUAACAACUACACACGCAGCAAGUACGCACGCAAAAAUAGGCUUAACUAUAUUUACUAUAACAAUAAUACAAAUUUCUUUGGGCAUAAUGGCGAUUUGGGGAUUGGCUAAUGUUGAAUCUGCAGCUACGGGAAUUGUUCGUAAUUUAAAGCAUUUACAUUUUUAUUUGGGAGGCGCACUGCUUUUAACUGCAUGGGUUAAUAUAUUCUUUGGCAUGAUUCAAUAUAAUGCGAAUAAAGCAUUCAUUUGGGCUUAUGUAGUUUGGUUGAUUUGUUUUGGAUUUGUGAUAACCGCAAGCGAAUUUUAUUAUAAAAUCAAGAAUAUGCAAUUUUUGUGGCCGACAGUAGACACAAAUGAUGGAACAAAACGGCUUCAAAAGUGUAUUCCUUAUGUAGUUUAUAUGAAUUUACCUGUCGUUACUUGGGAUAAAUUUAAUAAAAGAGUUAUGGCGGGAGCAAAUUUAGUCGUAGCAGAGGAAUUAGUAUUUGAUAUACAUAAAUGGAUUCCUAUACAUCCAGGAGGACAAAGGAUAUUAAAAAGAGUAGUUGGUACAGAUAUUACACGAGAUUUUUUCUUUGAUCCAGCGGAUCAAGUAGUUAUUAUGAAUAACUCUAAUGAUUAUGAUGUACAACGACCUAGUAUAUCGGUAUUAACGGACAAUGCAUAUGGAAGAAUGGAAUAUGAUACGGGAAAGAAAAGACCUCAUAGUGUAGCAAAUGCUGUUGAUAUGAUUAAUGCUACAACAUUUAAGGAUCGUAGAGUUGCGAUGUAUCGUCAUUCAAAAUUUGCUACGUCUAAAUUAGCUAGUAUGGUAGUUGCCAGGAUAGAGCAAAAAUCUAAACAAGCAGAAAUACCGCUACAUUGUAAUAUUUUCCGAAGAUAUAUUUUAACCAAUAUUGACACUGUAACUAGACACAAUGCCAAAAACCCUGUUAAAAAAUUCACAUUUCAGGUUUUACAUCCAGACAAGAAAUUACCGAGAUUCUUUCCUGGUGAUUAUAUUGAAAUCAUGAGUUUUGUUAAUACUCAAGUGAUUACUAGACUAUAUACUCCAAUUCAAACAACUGAUAAUAGUUUUUAUAUAUUGGUUAAAAUAUACAAAGAUGGCAUUAUGUCUCAACAUUUAAAUAAGCAAUUAAAAAAUUUUGAAAUCAAAGUGAGAGGACCAUUUGAUAUAGCGGAUCGAAUAUUACAAUUAUCAUCGCCAGCUUUAAAACCGGUUUCGAGACUAUCAUCACCAGGUUUACCAUCUCAAUCAUCUUCUAGCGAUCAUUUUUCACGGCAUAAGAAUAAAGACCGUAAUUUAAAUUAUUUACCUGACGGUAGAAGUGGAAUAUUAUUAAAUAUGGAAAGAGAAGAUUUCUGUUGGGAUUAUUUAUUUAUGGUCUGUGGUGGUACUGGGAUCACUCCAAUGUUACAACUGAUAAAAUAUCAUAUGGAGAAAGCGGCCACUUUAGAUUCCAAUUUCAAAUUAUUUUUAUUAGUAGCAAAUGAUACAAUAGCUGACCUAAUAUAUCCGAAAUAUUUGGAUAAUUUAGUUCAAGUACUUGAAGGAAAACUUAAAAUUACUUAUAUUUUAUUAAAACCACCACGAUUUUGGAAUGAUUUAAGUGGAUUAAUUGAUGAUACAAUAUUAUAUGAUUGGAUUAGUCAAAAUUAUUCUGUGCCACCUCCUGCAAUUCCACCAAGAUUAUAUAACUGUGGAAGCGAUACUGUUGAUAUUGAAAAUGAUAACUAUAUAACGACAUCAUUAUCACCAUUAUACACAAUUAAUGAGAUGAAUAAUUAUAUGAGACAAUUUACCAUGGAUGAUUCUAAACAGGUUAAAUUAGUUGCUUGUGGUACUGAUCAAUUUAAUGAUAAUAUUCGAAGAUCCUUGGAAAAGUUAGGGUUUCCUAUUGAAGAAAAGGCUAUUUUUCUUAAUUAA